AUGAUCUUCCCAGCAACUAGGGGCACCACCACUUUUGGUUUGAAGCUUGGAGCCAACCAUCUUGGGGCUGAGAGAGUCAAGCAAGAGGAUUUCAAUGCAGCUUAUGACAUAUUGUUUCCCGGCUGCAACAAGGUUGUGUCGGAUAUUUUGACCAGCUAUUAUCAGUUGGACGAGGACGAAGAGGAGGACAAGUCAACGUCACUGGACGAACUGUUACAACAAGUGGAGCGGAAGCGGAAUGCGUUUGAGGGACUAUUUGUGUGCAUGUGCCAUACGUAUGACCUUACUGUCCCCCAAGGUUGGGCAAAGUUGCUGAAGAGGCUGUUGGUGGAUUCAGACAAGCCUCCUCCAUUUGCAUCCAUCCAAAAUCUGACAGCUGUCACUUUGUCAUUGUUUUCUUCCAAGAUCAAUAUCAGCAUUGCAUUUUUGGCUGGUGAGGCACCCAUCAUUGCAUUCAUGCAGAAGCUUUUGUCUGCAGAAAGCCCCUUCCCACUUGAAUAUCAAAUUUCUGCUCAUCUUAAUGUGCUGAAAGAAAGAAGCCUGGACCAAUCAAAACUCAAGCAAUUCAGUCAUGAACAACAAUAG